AUGAAGUUUCUUUCCAUUGCCGCCGCGGUAUCCGCGGUGUGCUCCACCCUCGUUGUUGCGCAUCCCGUCUCCCACGACGACCACAGCAUUCUCCGCUCGCGCCAGAGCGGCAUCGUCGUCACCACCGGUGCCACAGGCGACAUUCAGCCUCGCAUCGAAAUUCGGACCCUGAAGGACACCAAACCCGWUCACUGGAUCCUUUUCAUCCUCGCCCUGUCCCAAUGGAAGGCUCAAUCUCAAAGCAGUGCAACCUCGUACUAUGGCAUCGCUGCAAUUCACGGCGUGCCCAGAAUCAACUACAACGGUGUGGGACAGUGCGACUCGUGCAUAGGAGCCGACGGUUACUGCACUCACGAUUCCAUCCUCUUCCCUUCAUGGCACCGCGUCUACCUUGCUCUGUUCGAGCAGGAGUUCAUCAAGGUCGCAAAGUCGAUCGCCAACUCGUUCCCGGCUUCGCGCCGACAGGACAUGGUUGACGCAUCCAACCAGAUCCGUUUCCCCUACUGGGACUGGGCGAAGGUGCCGCCAAAGAACCUCCCCGCGCUUCCUCUCAUGAUCACCGACGAAAAAAUCACUGUGAACGGACCAAACGGCCAACAGACCCUCGAGAACCCGAUGCUGCAAUACACCUACAGCGAUUCUAGCGGCAUGUACUACGACCCAUUCACUGUCUAUGCCAAGACUGUUCGUUACCCCACCAGCAACGAGCGCGAUGCGCAAUCAGUGAACAGCCAGGCUGCGGACGCCAUUACCAACAUUCGUGCUAGCAUGCAAGAUCAAAUCUACGGAAUCCUAACCCAAUGCACCAACUAUCUCAACUUUGCCUACGAUGAUGCCGUCACCAGCAGUCCUGGUUGCUCCAACAGUCUCGAGUCAAUUCACAACAACAUUCACACUGCUGUAGGAGGUCCGGGCACUGACGCUGGAGUCUCCUCUGGCCACAUGACUAACCUUCCCCUUUCAUCUUACGACCCCGCUUUCUGGCUUCACCACGCCAACGUGGACCGUUACUUUGCUCUCUGGCAGGCCAUUAACCCCGACUCGUACGGUGGAUCGCAGCCUGCUCCCCACAGCACUUGGACCAUCGCUCAGGACGAGGUCCAGGAUGCUCACUCGAAUCUGACUCCAUUCUACCGGAGCAGCAACGGCAGCUUCUGGACCACAGAUAGUGUUCGUGAUUGGGCCAAUACUUUCAAGUACACAUAUCCCGAGUUCUCCAACACUGAUGGCAGCCGCGCCUCCAUCAUCAGUGCCGUCAACAAGCUCUACGGACCAAAUGCUACCGCAGUCGUCAACUCCAAGCGUGAGGCGGAGGCGGAGCCACAGACGGGCGGUCUUCUGGAAGGUCUCACGCAGGACGUCAACGACCUUCUCUCAGGCGACCUCUUGAAAGCACUCAACGGCAGCUCAUACGAGUACGCCGUGAAUGUUCAGGCUCCACGUUAUGCCUUGAACGGGUCCUACCAAAUCUUCGCCUUCAACGGAAAGCCAACGACUGAAGACCCGUCAUCAUGGAUCUUCGACUCCAAGCUCAUCGGCCAAGUGGGUAUCUUCUCCAUGCCCGGAAUGACUGACGUCAAGCUCAUCACUGCUGGCYCCAUCCCAUUGACUCGCACUCUUCAGAGCAUUGUCGGCACCGAGGGUGGACUUCUUGCCAGCCUCGCCACUCCCAUUGUCGUGGAUUUCCUCACCCAGAAUCUCGAAUGGAGAGUACAGGGUCCAGAUGGUACCGCCAUCGACCCGAGUUCUAUUGACGGAUUUGCAGUGGAAGUCGUAGCCACCACCAAGCAAGUACCCGCCAGCGAUAGCGAGCUUCCCAUCUACUCUGGCUUCGUUUCAUUACUCGACGUCACCAAGGGACAGAGCGGUGGUGCGAACCAAACACUUCACAGCCCUACGGCCUACAAGGCCUAG